AUGGAGCUGCCGACGACUAGCAUUGGCUCGUACGUCGAGUGCAACGAACUGCUCGUUCGUUAUGAAACUCACUACUGUUUUGCUGGAAUGCAGUUUAACAGCGCGGUAACAAACGUUUGCAUACGAGUGCAGUACCAUCUGGAAAUCAUGGGCGAGAACAUUCACUUAAAUGAUCCACGUAACUCCGCUGUGUUGCACGGUGUCGACGUAACGGUGGAGAAGCUAACAAUGAAGUUAGCAGUUUGCAUGUCAAGGAGUUGCGAUGAACGCCUUUUGAGCUAUAAGCAUAUUCCUUGCAUUCUCAUUCUAUUCGAAUGCUGCUGUUCUUCUGGAUGUUGGCCGACCGAAGGAGGGCACCCUGCGAUCAUUAGCGUCGAUCCGAUUCAACUCGAUGACUUGGGUGGCUAUUUCCCAUGCGAUCGGAGCGGCAAGUUAAAAUGAGUCGAUACUUCCGAUGCUCGCAGUAUGGAAUCCGUUGCUGUCGACCACAAUUACCAACGGCUUCCUAUCCACCGACAGGUUUUUCCUACUCUCCGGAGUUCUCGUUGCGUAUUUGUUCUUCAGGGCACGUCCACGUCCAGAGUUCGUGAAGAAUCCGAUGACUUGGAUAUUCUUCUAUGUCCAUCGUUACCUGAGGUCAGUGUUUAG